ACUUCUCGAGCCUCCGCGUGCCUUCCGUUGUCACCGUUUUUCAUGAUAUUGUGCCCCGAGCGACAUCCCCUUCCUUGAGGACACAGCAUUCCUUGAAGCAGAUGAAGAGUACAUCAGCUGAAGAUGGCGAGUGCAAUGAUUGCCCUGCGGGAGCGGAAAAUCCUGGACCGGAUCUUAUUGCAUCUGGCUGGCGACGAAAAGGGCCUCACUCUCAUGCCUCAUCCACAAGGCUCCCUAGCCCCGAGACGUAUAUCCGUGUCUCGGCCUAGCGAUACAUUGAGAAGCAUUCUCAACUUCGCUGUGGUGGUCAACACACACCUUCUGAAGGAGUUCUUCGACUUUGCCAUAAUCAACGAAUAUCGUGACGAAAACACGGACGAAAAGAACAAAGCCCACAACAAACAACUCGGUAAAUGGUAUCAAGACUACAAUCAUGAUAACCGCCCACUCACCAGACUUCCCAAGGAAAUGCUAUUCGCUAUCUUGGAACAUCUGACGGUCAAACCUGGGAAAUUGUUAGCUAUCAACGAACGAGCGAGCCUAAGUGUGGACAGCUUUUCUUCAACAGCGGCUUCCCUACCCAAAGAUUCAACUCAGAUACGGCAAUUUAGAUUGGUCUGCCAUAGAUUUGCAGCAAUUGGCGUUCCACGUCUACUCCUCCGAGUCCGGAUUCGGUUCUCUUCUGAUGGCUUCAGCACAUUGCGAGAGAUUGCAGAGAGGGAAAAAUUCCGUGGCUUUGUGCAACAGUUUUCAUAUAUGAUUCCUCGCUUUUACCCUUCAGAUGUGAGAACUCUCGAACGCAAGAUAGGAGAGGCACGAGCGAGUGUCGAGGACUCAAGGCAGAAACUGGCUCUUAGGGCACAAGGAAGACGGACCCCGGUCGACCGGCAGCAGCCAACGGCUCAAGAACUCCGCACCGCAUUACGGCGUGGCGAGGCAGACGAAGUGCAACUCCAAAUUGCACUUAAGAAGGCUCAGCAGCAGCAAGAGAUCAUUGAGCAAAAGAUAGACGUCAAGACUCUUGUGUAUGCCUUGACGCGGUUCAAGAAUCUUCACCAGCUACGACUAAUGAAAGUUGUGGAUGCAAACGAUAAGUGGGACAAGUACCUAAGGGCACAUCCAGACGUUGAAACUGAAUUCAGGCCCGUUGAAUGGAAAUGCGCUUACGAGCAUGCCGCCACCACAUUGGCUUUGGCGAUUCAGCAAUCUCAUUCUGGUGUUGAUCGAUUUUCGAGCCGAUUCAUGGACCCUCGAACACCAGUUCUAGUUACCCCAGGCUUACGAAGGACGAUAUCAAGCAUUGCUCACCGGGUGGUCGCCUUGGAAUUUGAAUUUCGACAAACUGAUGUCGCUGUCAGUUUGGACCAAAAGAUGUCACAGUUAUCAGGGCUUUUCCAAGUGGUUUUCAGCGCCGCCCUGGACUCUCUCCGGAUUCUGCAUAUCGGUUUCACUCGACCAGUUUCAAUUCCCCUCAGGGAUGUUUUCCAUAAUGUGCACUUCAGGAAGCUAGAGCAUAUUGGCUUGCACAUGUGGCAAUUGAAUGGCGAUGAGUUAUUGGACUUGUUAAAGAGACACAAAAAGACCCUCAGAAGUUUGCGAUUGAGGCAUAUUCUACUCAGACGUGUUCCGGUGAAUGACUGCAGCUGGCGACAGGUGCUCCAAUUUAUACGUCUCGAAAUUAGACCAAAAGAUUAUGUUAGUCUCCGCGGCAUCGACUAUGAGGAUGACACCGAUGCUGCGAAUGGCAUGCACUUUGUGAAUGGACCCGCUCAGAAUAACACCAUUAGCGAUGAGGACAGCGAUGAAGACAGCGAUAUUGAUGAACUUUCUGCUGACACCUGGAGCGAGUCGAAUGAUGAAGUUGAAGACGGGAGCGAAGACGACGAGGACUCGGAUCAAAGUGCGAGCAACACCGUUCUAGGCGAGCAGAAUGAGGAUGAGCAGGAUGAGCAGGAUGAGCUGGAUGAGUCAACCGAUGAAAGUCACGAAAGCCAUGAAAGCCACGAUGAAGUCGACGAAAAUGAGAGCGAUCUUGCGCGAGAGUUUCAGAAUAUCUCUACCGUCGAGAGUGCACCGCUCCACUGCGAGUGCGCAAAUGGGUUUGGUUGGAAUGAUUUGCACGAUGACGGCAGGGCAGUAACGAAACCCCAGUGGCAGAAAUGGCAGAAGUGGGUUGUCAAACACUGCCCAUCACAUGACCCACCAAUAUCCGAAGACUCCUAAAUUGGAAUUCAACACUCGUCAUCACUCGUCACCGUCAGAAAAGUAUCUGACCUCCAUCCACAACAAUAUCCGUUCCUGAAUUGAUAUACCGUCAGCAAGUUUGCCACAAGGAUGGGGAGGAUGCAUUGCACGAGACUUGUUUAGUCCGGGGGUCAUACCGUUG